UCAUGCGCUCCCAACAUCACAAUACGAGAGAGGGAGGAGUGAGAGCUGUUUACAUUGUGAAGCAGGUCUCAGAUUUAUAGUCAUCCAGCUGCACCACAGGGACAACAGCUGUCUCGCUUUAUAGCCAGUUUUUGUCCAUUUAAAAAAAAACCUUUCCAAUUGACGCUUUACGCACAGUCAUGAUUUUGACGCACAGGUGAACUUAUUUCGCCUCAACGCGCCUCGACCACAACUCACUCCACAAGGAAAAGUGUUUGAGACUGGAAAGAAAACCCACAUUUUAAACUCUCCUCCUCAUUUUCCUGUGUGAAUUGCUCGGAGCUGAACAGGUUGUCAGAGCCAUGUCCAGGAAGAAGACAGUGAAAGGCAAAGGGAGCUCCAAGAGCCCCAAGGCGUCGCCGAGCAGCGGGAGGACGGGGAAGGGUCUGGCCGCCGCUGCCGCUCCGUCCUCCGGACUGGUUUAUCCCAGCAGACCGUCCAUCAGCAACAGCGGGGAGUUUUAUGACAUCGCCUUCAAGGUGAUGCUGGUUGGGGAUUCAGGUGUUGGGAAGACCUGUCUGCUGGUCCGUUUCAAAGAUGGAGCCUUUCUAGCCGGGAGCUUCAUCUCCACUGUGGGCAUCGACUUCAGGAAUAAAGUAAUGACUAUUGAUGCUGUGAAGGUCAAACUGCAGAUUUGGGACACUGCUGGACAGGAGCGUUUCCGGAGCGUCACACAUGCUUACUACCGCGAUGCUAACGCUCUCCUUCUUCUGUAUGACGUCACCAACAAAGCAUCCUUCGACAACAUCCGGGCAUGGCUGACAGAGAUCCAUGAGUACGCCCAGCAGGACGUGGUCGUCAUGCUGCUGGGCAACAAGGUUGACUCCACACAUGACAGGAUGGUGAAGCGAGAGGAAGGAGAGAAACUGGCAAAGGAGUUUGGAGUGCCCUUCAUGGAGACAAGUGCUAAAUCUGGACUGAAUGUGGAGCUGGCCUUCACUGCUGUGGCCAAAGAACUGAAGCACAGGACCAUGAAGGAGCAAGAUGAGCCAAAGUUUCAACUGCAGGAGUACGUCAACAAAGAAAUGAGGACCGCAGGCUGCUGCCGCUCAUAGACCCAAUCCUAUGUGUGUGUAUACACGUGUAUGUGUGUGUGCGAGAGAGAGAGAGCGAGAGAACAGGUACAUUCUGUUAGAGUAGUAAUUAAUCUGCUGUGCCUGGGAAUUAUCAUGAAAUUCUCAGUGUUUGUAACAUUUCUGUCAGUGGUGAUACGGCCAACAUGCUCUCUCUCCCAACCCACCUAUCUUCUGCAACUGUGAAUGUAAUAUAACUCCUAUCUACAUGCUUGCACAUACACAUGCAUGUACACACACACAGACACACACACAUACAGCUAUGUUUGUAACUAACUUUACAGCCCGUUCAAUCCAUUUUUUUUCCAUAAAUGUGAUGUACAUAUUUUAAAUGUAAUUUUAAUUUUGUGCCCUUGAAGCUUUGUAGUUUGUAAAUGCCUGUCUUGUUGAAACAUAGACACAAAUAUGUUAAAUAUUAAAUCAAUGAGUAGAUCUGAAACACAUUUGUACAGAUACACUAUUGCACCUAAUGUAAGCUGCCAAAUGGCACUGUGUGCUGUUUAUGUACAGGAUAUCAUACAAUAACUGUUUUUAAUACUUGUGAUCAUGACUAUCAUUAUACUGAUGUGUCCGUGGCAUUUAGUUUAAGGUCUUUAUCUUUUAUACACAGAUUGUUCAGUUUAAAGGUGUUAUAUGAUGCGUUUUAACACAAAGAAAUCUUCUGGUAAUAACUAGACCAUAUUCAAUGUAAAAAACAAUAUCAUCAGCAAAGAAACGGACUCUACUCUGCUUUUUACAGAUUUGGGAAAAAACAGUUAUAAUUCUCUGUUGCACAAAACAAGAGGAGGUUGUCAUUCCUCCAUAGAAGAAUCCUUUUUACAAAAUAAAUGUCAGAGACAGGGACAAACUUUGUUUUACGAGACAAAGCAGCAGGGUUAUUAUCUGGCACCAUAUUUGCAAAGCCUCUGAGUACAAAGAGUUGCUCCUAGUGAUGAAAUUCUAAGAACAUUCUUAGAAUUGUGACAUUUUCUUAGAAUUCCCCUUACAGUUAAGACUAGGUCCUUGUAAAGGUAGAAGUUAUUCACAGAGCAUCUUAGACUUUAAAAGAGCUCCUAUGGUAAAAAGUUGUUAGGAGCAGAGAGGAGGACUUAAGAGUUUGCUAAGCCGAGGAGGAAAUGGUGGAAACUAAAAGAGGUCAAGGAAAUAGUCUCCAAAAGCUGAAAAACAGUGAGUAAAAUGAAAUGCUACAGAUUAUAUAAUGCAGGGGUAAUAUGUGUGGCUGAUCCCUUAGGGAUACACACACAUCUGCCACCUAACGCUAUAACACCAGAAAUUAAAUGACCACAACACUAAGAUAUUUGGAAAACUGGAAAAAUGUAACAGUGCAGUAGUGAUUACUUGGGUCUGUCCCAACCUUCCACACUUUCACAGUCAGCAGUUAAUUUCAUUUCCACUGGGUGUCCACACCUUGCAGGCUCACAAAAGGGCGUGUCUGUGACAACCAAUCACAUCUGCAAAGAAUGCGUCAUACCUAGCAAUGGGGUCAACCACACCUCCUCAUUAGGGUAAAAGUUUCUGUCCCCUCCGUGCUCAAAGUUCCUCUUAGAGCUUUCCUAAAUCACUGCUAAGCUUGGACACCUUAUUAAUUUUUUUCUGGCAAAGUUAGGAGCUCUCUGAGAGGAUUCUCUUUACUGGGAUUUUAAAAAAGGUAAACAUUGAGUGUGAAGUUGGAAACAGAAGUUGCGGAGGGGGGGGG